AGGGGGAGGGAGGGGGGUGGGUGAGUCACCCCCUCCCGCCCGAGCGAGUGCGGAGCCGAGCGCCCGCCAUCUGCUGGCCGCCUUCACGGCGGACUGAGGGAAGGAAAAGAUCGCUGAAAAUCUCCACAGAUCUCGUCCCUCUCUUCAUUAACUAAACAUUAACCGCGAAAGAGGGAGAUUUUUACAUCGAAGUGUUGUGUUUCGGAGGCGGAGGAGAAGGUUUUUUUUUUCAAUUUUACCUCAGCGUCGGCGGGCGGAUCUGAGGAGGGAUGGAGUGAGUUGUUGUUAUUCAUCCCCGUCCCCCCUCCUCCUCCUCCUCCUCCCGCCGCCUUUCUCUCCCUUCCACCUCGCUCCCGGAGUGUGCAGGCUGCGGGAUCAGACGCAGGCUCCGGCUCCGGCUCCGGCUCCAGCCCGAUGGCGGCGGCGGCCGUGAACUACUCGCCCCCAUGGUGGGUCAACCUGCUCCACCGUCUCCCUCACUUCAACCUCCAGCUGGAGGUUGUCAACAGCGACUUCCACCCCGAGGACACCCAGUACCAGCAGUCACUCCUGCUGUUGGGUGGAAUUGCUCUCGUUUGUCUGGCUCUCAAUCUCCUCUUCCUUCUCUUCUAUUCCUUUUGGCUCUGCUGUCGGCGGAAGAGUGAAGAUCAGCCAAAUGCAGACUGUUGCUGUACAGCAUGGUGUGUGAUCAUAGCAACACUAGUGUGCAGUGCAGGGAUCGCUGUUGGCUUCUACGGUAAUGGAGAAACCAGCGAUGGCGUCUUCAGGGUUGCCUAUUCAAUGAGACACGCAAACCGCACUAUAACUGGAGUUGAGUACCUGGUUUCUGAGAGCAAUCGAGAUCUGAAUCGGACGCUAGAAGGAAGCCUUCGUACCUUGCAGGAUUUGUUUGCAAAGGAACCACGAUAUCUAGAGAGAGUGCUGAAGAUAAAGGAUCUUCUUGGAAAUCUAGGUCGACAGCUCACUAAAAUUCCAUUUUGGGAAAGGAGCGAUGUCUCUUUGGAAGAUCUGGCUGUUCUGAUGGAGAUGUAUGACUAUUACAGGUGGUUGGGAUAUCUCGGCCUGCUACUUUUUGAUGUUCUUAUCUGUCUACUGGUGCUGUUUGGAUUAAUUAGAAACUCAAAAGCAAUCCUUAUUUGUGCUGCUCUCCUGGGAGUGUUAACCUUGAUUAUCAGCUGGAGUUCUCUAGGCCUGGAACUGGCAGUCUCAGUGGGUUCAAGUGAUUUCUGUGUAUCUCCAGAUGUGUACGUUUCCAAAAUGGUGGACAGACUUGGUCUUAUUGCAAAAGAUGCUUUAAAUUAUUACCUGGUAUGCAACAUUGGAUACCCAAAUCCUUUUCAGCACAAACUGUCCAGCAGCCAUAAAGCUCUGGUGGAGAUGCAGGAUCAUGUCUCUGAACUUCUAAAGUCAGCUGUUCCAGAGUUCCCUUCUUCUCGCGAAUAUCUGGAUCGGACUCAAAUAGUAUUGAACUCUACAGAGACCACCCUGCAGCAGUUGACUGCUCUGGUUGAUUGUCGAAGUCUUCACAUGGAUUAUGUGCAGGCUCUGACAGGACUGUGCUAUGAUGGUGUGGAGGGUCUAAUUUAUUUGGUUUUAUUCUCCUUCGUAACUGCACUGAUGUUGAGUUCGAUUGUCUGCAGUGUUCCUCACACAUGGAAGCAGAGCAAGAGGAGUCAUAUCGAUGACGAUGGAGAUGAUGAUAUUGUGAACCCUCAAGGAAGCCGCCAACAGCACGACAAUCUGUACAGAGUUCACAUGCCCAGUCUCUACAGCUGUGGGAGCAGUUUCGGUAGUGAGACCAGUAUCCCUGCUGCAGCACAUACAGUCAGCAAUGCCCCUGUCACGGAAUACAUGAGCCAGAACACAACUUAUCAGAAUCCACGAUGUGAGAACACACCUCUGAUUGGAAGAGAAUCACCACCUCCUUCUGGGAACCAUAUAAAAGGCAGUCUACAACACACUCGUCAUUAUAGCGAGCUUUUUGUGUGACUUCAGAGACAGCUUUAUAGAGAGGGUCUAGUGUAUGCUGUAUUCAAACAGCAUGAGAGCCAAAUACCUUGCUACAAACAGGCCUGAAACCAGCAGUGUCCACUAAGACCACGGGAAGAGAGAAAAAAAUGGAACUUCUAUGUAUCCAAUGCCAUUAAUACAGUUUUACUAACUUGAUCGUAGCACUAUUCUAUCAGUUGUACAGUUGCACUGUAAAAGGUAGAUUGAUUACAAGGAAUGAAGAAAUUCUGCCAACAUAGAUUGUGUUAUGGAUGCCUAGGGGGUGUGUGUCGUCAAGUCUGUAGACCCUGCACAACCUUAUCUUUACCAAUAUCACAGUUUACAUCAUUCCAGUUCAUUUCAGUGUAAUGUUCUCUCAUUUCUGGGUUGCAACAAGAAAUGCCAAGAUAUGUGAGUGCUCCGUCUGGUCUGCGAUUAUCUGAACAAAAUGACAAUUGGUAUUCGCCUGUUGUAACAAUUGUAAAAUGCACCGAUCAUUGCAGAUCAAUGCAAUAGUUCAGAUCAAAGUAAAAUCUGUAUUUAUCUGGAAUAGUUCAGAGAUAGGAUGCCAAAAUAUCAACUGCACAUAUGCUGUUUUAAAAGUGUCACAGAAUCCCUGAAUGACAGAAAUAGAAAUGUAGAGAGACCUGAUUGAUUAUCACCAGUUGUUGAUAAUUGAAGUCUGAGGUCUUUUGAAUUUGCUUUGGUUGUAAUAUAACUUUUAACCACUCAUAAGUUCACCGUAUAGUAGGUGUUCUUACUGUGAUAUGGGUAUGUAUUGCCACAGAUUUUUGUGUAAAUAUUGGGGUAAAUGCACUAAAAUUGCUCUGAAAGUUAGCCAACUUAAGUAGCUAAUCAAUGAUCAAUGUGGUUAACCUGAUUCUAGUUAUCACUGGUGAUUCAUGUAUUCUUGAUUAAGAGUUGCUUACAAAGCUCAAAAAAACCUCAUCAAUAAAUGGCCUGUCCUCUUUGACAGAUGCAUGUCUUUAAUAUUACUUGGCAAAUGUUUUGUUGCACAUAAGAACAUUUUAGCCUUUAGGCAAAUAGUAAAGAGCCUAUGUUGCUGCCAUCCACCCUCUGUUUAAUGUGUCUGCUGAUAUUUUAACAAUGGUGCUGUUUUAAUAAUCGAGUCGGUUACAUAUAGAACACUCUAGGUAGUUUUGGCUUCAGGAAGAAACAUUCCUCCUUUGAGUUUCAGGGAUUUUGUUUGGUAUCAAAGUCUGAAAUAAAAGUACUCAACUUUUACACCACCAUCUCAAAUCCCUGGGAGACUUUUUAAACAAAAAAAAAUCUUUAUUUUGUUGUCUUUCUAUAUUUCAAUACUUGGCAGCUGAGCAAUAAUCCUUUAAAUCUGAUUGAAACAUUCCAUAAACUCAAUCUUUCACCCAGGUCCAUGUUUAACAUGUUCUGGUGAAUGAUGCACAUUUGAUUUAAUUCUAAUGCUAUCCCACCACUUAUCCUAUAUUUUUUAAACAUCUCUAUUUUGAGCCUCUUAGUGACACUCAAUACCAAUUACUGUACUUGCAAACCACAAUGAUGUUGAUUUUUUUUUUUUUCUAAGAUUCUUGAGAAUUAUGCUCUGAUGUACCAAAUUGGGAAUGUUCCACGUGUACUGUCUGCCAGAAAUGCUGGGGAUUCUAGAGCAGGUAGGAAUGAUAUUCAACCAUGUAAAAUAGCUUCAUGUCAAAGACUGAUGCUGUCAUUUUUUGCAAUCUGUUAGUGCUGAACAAAUUGAAAAGCUCUGUGAUAGUUUGCAUACUUUAUGAAUGAAAUGCUGUAAAUCAGGAAAACCUAAAAUUAAAACCUCUAGAUAGAAAGUUUACAUUGUCCCAACUUGGUAAAGUAGAAAUCCUCACUUCUAAUCCAUUCUCAUGUGAACCUGACCCUACCACACUCCAGUCAUCUCUGUUGAGACAUAAUGUCAUUAAUAUACCUCCAAUCGGUGAAGUUCCAAAUAGGUUCCACAAGUUGCAGCUAUUCCAAUGCUAAAUGAUAGUGUGCAUAUUUUAGCCUAAUAUCCCAGCACUUGCCCCUUGAAUACAGUGCUGUGGACUGCAAUUGUUCUUUAAACCAACCUGAGCCACACCCUAUGCAGCCAGAAACUACAUCUUCACUACAGAAGCAAACUUCAAUUUACCAUAUGUCAAAAUGAAAAGGAGAACUUGCUUGCUUUAUUUUUCACACCAUGAAUCAUGUUAGUUAUAUUUUUCUUUGAGUUAUUCAGUGUGGGCUCUGUGUGAAGCUGACAGGGUUUUUAAGAUCCGAGAUAUUUUAAAAUUCCGUCCAAUUUGCAAGAAGUGAGUGAUUGUCGCUGAGCUUAUCUUCUGUGAGAAAAUCAAAAGGACUGUGGUGAGUUCAGCUGCAUCGAAAAACCUCGCACUCGAUCACUCGCUAGAAGCACAAUCUCAUUUUAAUUCUGUAAAACGUGGGUUUGUUUUUACUCCUUGGGAGAGCACACAUCAACCAUGCAACCUUGAAAAUGUGAAUACAGGAAACACCUGGGUAUAAAAUUGACCAUCAAUCAGGAUCUUGUGGUGAUUGUAAGAUAUUUACUGUGAAUUUAUUAAGCACUGCAGGUUUACAUUUGUGGUGCCCACUCUGUAUGUAGUACAUAAUGUAUUCUCUUGCUGGCAUGUGGACUCGAGUACUGAAUUUCCAGCCAGCAUUUUUACCAAAUUUGUAUUGGAAAUGUACCUAUUACAUUCUGAUCCAGGUCGGUGGAAAUUAGUGAAGAUAAAAUACAUACAAUUUCAAGCUGUCUGCAUUUAGUUUAAUUUCUCAUCAACUAACCGAUAAUACUUAUAAACUAUUUAUUUCCAGAAAGCCUUUUGAUUAAUCGAUAACUGAAGAUUGGAACUGUUGUAACAAAAGUCAAAUUUGGUUCUGAGAUUUGUGCAAUAAUGUGAGUGACAUAUUCUUGCACAAAAUAAUAAAUGCUAACUCAUUUUAAUACCAAACUGAUUGAAUGUGAUAUCUCCCAGUUCAACAGUGAGAUGGAAUUAAAAAUCAAAAUCAAAACUAUGUGGUGAAAAAUAAUUGUUCCACGCACUAUUUCAAUGAUACUGGUUACUGUGAUUAAUCCCCAAAAACUUGUAUGAAAAACAGCCCCAUUUCACACUGAUCCUAUUCCAACCCCCCUUACCUUGCUCUUCAGCAGCAGAACUCCUUUAUGCUAACACUGACCAACUUUAAAGUGUAGCACACAUGGUUAUUGUUUUUUAGUUUUGUUCAAAAGGUUAAAUGAUUGCCAUCAAAAGAGAAAACUAGUUCUAAUCGUCACUGAAGUAUGUCUUAAAAUCAUCGUGAAUGCUGGCAGGUGAAAUGUAAAAAGAACAUUGAGUCCUGCGUAAUCUAUUUAGUUACAUUGUGAACCAGAGUUACUCUGUUGUGUUAGUGAGACAAUCCUUGAGUGUUUUCAUAGAAAUUUUACCAUUUGUAGAAAACUAUAUCCACAAACAAAUAACUUGCACGAACAGUUUUUAAUCAUUUCAAACAACUUGUUGUGUACCAUACAGCUUCAAUUUUUACUUACAUAAUAUAUAACAAAACUGGUAAAUGUAGUAUUUCGUAAUAGUGUAGUUUUGUGAAGCCUGUUUUUAAAACAGCAUUUUUUUAUUAAAAGAGGGGAAUGAUCCUGUGUACUAUUGCUCAUUAUUAUUUUUGCUAAAAUUGCUGUAGCUCUUAAUAGAUUUAUAACAUUUUAAAACUUCUUUUUCCAAUGAGUAAAAUGUUGCAAAUGUCAAACCUGUGGUUUUCAUGAGCUUGAACUAAAUGUUUUCAAAAUGAAACUAAUAAAGUUUGUUGAACUUGCCAACUA